AUGUUCUAUCAACCCGGUGUCACCGAGCACAACCUUCCUCACGACCCCUUCAAGGCGUGCGUGGUCCCCCGCCCGAUCGGAUGGAUCUCCACACAAAAUAAGAGCGGCCAAGCCAACUUGGCUCCCUACUCGCAGUUUAACAACCUGACAUUCGACCCACCGUACGUGAUGUUCUCAUCCAACCAGACGGUGGAGGGUGAACGCAAGGACACGGUUGUCAACGCCGAGCAAACGGGCAAGUUCGUGUGGAACCUGGCGACCUGGGAGCUUCGGGAGGCGGUGAACAUUUCCGCCGAGCAAGUGCCGUACGGGGUGGACGAGUUCACCCGCGCCAACCUCACCAAAGAGCCGGCGACCUUGAUGGAUGUCCCAAUGGUAGAACAAUCCCCGGUGAAAUUCGAGUGCGAAUACUUCACCACGCUCCGUCUCCCUGGUAACCCACCCAUGGGCACCGUCGAUGUGGUGAUUGGGCGGGUGGUUGCAGUUCACAUCAAAGAUGAGGUGCUGACGGAUGGCAAGUUGGAUAUUCGCAAGACUCAGCCCAUUGCGCGGUGCGGGUAUUAUGAAUACACCGUGGUCAAGGAGACCUUUGACAUGGUGAUUCCGGGGAUGUCGGAGGACGUUCUCUAUGGAUUGGAAGGCAAUGCGAGACGCAAUCGGGAAGCCCAAUCACGGGAUGUGAAACCGGGUGGCCAAUAA